UACUUCUGCUAUGACAACCCAGCUGCGCUCCAGACGCAGGUUCAGCGGGAUAUGAAGGUGAACACGGCUCAGUUCAUGGCCCUCUAUGCAUGGUAUUCCUGGCCCAACGUGGUUCUCUGCUUCUUUGGAGGAUUUCUGAUAGACAGAGUAUUUGGAAUACGGUUGGGCACUAUAAUAUUCAGUGUCUUUGUUUGUGUCGGGCAGGUAAUUUUUGCUUUGGGAGCACUACUUAACACUUUCUGGCUGAUGGACGCAGGCAGAUUCAUAUUUGGAAUAGGCGGAGAGUCCUUAGCGGUGGCACAAAACACGUAUGCAGUCAGUUGGUUUAAAGGCAAGGAAUUAAAUCUUGUGUUUGGAUUACAACUAAGCAUGGCCAGAAUUGGGAGCACAGUGAACAUGAAUAUCAUGGGAUGGAUAUACUCUAGAGUUCAAGAUCUUCUGGGCUAUACUGGUCCCAGUACUCUUGGGUUAACUCUCAUGAUAGGUGGUGUAACGUGUCUCUUGUCACUGACCUGUGCGUUAAUCCUUGCUUAUCUGGACAAGAGAGCAGAGAAGCUGCUUUGUAAAGAGCAGGGGAAAACAGGUGAAGUGAUUAAGCUGACCGAUGUGAAGGACUUUUCUCUGUCCUUGUGGCUUAUAUUUGUCAUCUGUGUCUGUUACUAUGCAGCGGUUUUUCCUUUCAUUGGACUUGGAAAGUAA